AUGGCGACAGAAUCGACAUACCCAGUUAUAUCCUCCCGCCUGGACCUAAGGGCCAAGCAUCUGCAACAGAACAAGGCCGACUGGGGCGACAUCCUUAUUCGCUUUGAGGAAGCUUUGAAGCAUGUUGCCGCUGAGGGAAAUGAGGUCUCUCUAAAUCGUCAUCAAUCAAGGGGACAGCUAUUACCAAGAGAUCGAGUGGCACUUCUUCUAGACCAAGACACGCCAUUUCUGGAACUCGGUGCCUUUGCAGGAUUUGAGAACCCUAAUUCAACGCCGUGUGCGAACCUGAUUGCUGGAAUUGGCAAUGUUAGUGGCCGGCCGUGUCUCCUUAUGUCCCACAUACCAACGCAAAGUGGAGGCGCGUGGAAUGAGAUGACUGUUCUUAAAGUAAACCGCAUGAUGGAAAUUGCGUUUGAAAACGACUUGCCCCUGAUCUCACUCGUGCAAUCGGCCGGGGUCUUUCUCCCCCAGCAGUUCCGCGUCUUCCACAAGGGAGGUCAGCUCUUCCGGGACCUGGCGGUGCGCACGCAGCACGGAAAGCCAUCCUGUGCCAUUGUCUUUGGCUCCUCUACAGCGGGGGGAGCUUAUCAUCCUGCGCUGUCAGACUAUACCAUUUUCGUGGAGAACCAGGCGCAGGCUUUCCUGGGAGGACCCCCUCUUGUGAAAAUGGCUACAGGAGAAGUUAUUGGCGCCGAAGAGUUGGGAGGAGCGAACGUCCACGCGACAGUCACGGGUCUGGCCGACCAAAUUGCCAUUGACGAGUUCGACGCCAUCGUGAAGGCUCGAGAGUGGGUUUCAACCCUACGAGAGCGAGCAGUGCCUCUCCAUAGCUUAUUAUCGCCUGCUGAGCCCCGAUAUCCAGCCCAGGACCUCCUUUAUCUUGUUAAUCCUGAUAUUCGGAAGCCGUUCGACAUGUUGGAAGUGUUGUUGCGGAUUGUUGAUGAUUCGCGCCUGUCCAUGUUCAAGCCCAAGUACGGCACGAACAUGAUCAACGCGUGGGCUCAUAUUCUAGGAUUUCCCGUGGGAAUCGUCGCAAAUCAAAUCUCCGUCAUCAAUCCUAAUGAAGCCGCCAAAACCGCGCAGUUCAUUCGGAUGUGCAACCAGGAAAACACUCCCAUCAUUUUUCUCCACAACGUCACCGGCUUUAUGGUCGGAGCCAAGGCCGAGCACGCCGGCAUCAUCAAGAUGGGCGCUCAGCUCGUCUCGGCUGUGAGCUGCUCUACUGUGCCUCACAUCUCCAUCAUCGUAGGCGCGUCCUACGGAGCCGGUAAUUAUGCCAUGUGCGGAAGAGCCUAUAAGCCUCGCUUCAUCUUUACCUGGCCCACGGGCCGGUGCAGCGUCAUGGGCCCAGAUCAGCUAUCCGGGGUAAUGGAGACUGUGCAGCUUCAGAGCGCCAAGUCUAAAGGUAAGGUCCUGGAGCCGACCUUGCUGAAGAAACAGGUAGAGAGUUUCCGCCAGAGUGCGGCGCGGGAUAGUGAGUGCUACGCGACCAGUUCCAUGCUCAUUGAUGAUGGCAUCAUUGACCCGAGGGACACGAGGGACGUUCUAGGGAUGUGCCUCGAGGUCGUCAAUUUGAAUGGGGUCAAGGGAACGGAGACACAUCAUCUUUUAGCUAGAAUUUAG